UCAAAUGAAAGCGCACUUCGUUUGUUCAAAGCCUCACGAUCCCAAAACAUAAAAGCAUAAAAUUUCCUGUACUUGACCAUGUUCUAACCCAUAAAAAUUAUCCUCCAGAAUUUCAAGAGAGUAUAUCUAAUGUAAAAUGCCCAUUCCAAACCGUUAACCGACGUCGCGCUCGCAUCCAGAAUCGUCCCAAUUGUCAGAAUCCUCGCUGUUUUGAUACAAGAAUAUCACUGUCAAAAUUUUUUUAAUAAUUAUACUCGCGGACCAAAUUCGACGGGGAAAUCGCCUCUAGUCGCUGUACGAUGGUGUUUAGGGUGUUCAGAGGGUUAAGACGCAUCAAUCAUUGCAGUAGUCAAAAAUGGCAACCGCAUACUUUCGCAUUGAGGCACUACUCCGAGAAAGAUACGGACAAACCAGUAAAAGAAGGCCCCAUCACCGAUUUGCCACCGAUGAACGAAGAGGUUAAAAACCUUCCAAAAGCCGUUUACGCUUCUUAUACGGAGGAUAAUCAACAAACUCGCAUUACUAAACUUUCAAAUGGAUUAACUGUUGCCUCUGAAAAUAGAUUUGGUGAAUUUUGUACUGUCGGAGUUGUUGUGGACUCAGGUUCGCGAUAUGAAGUAGCUUAUCCAAGCGGAAUAGCUCAUUUCCUUGAAAAAUUAGCGUUUAAUUCAACAGCUGCAUACCCAGAUAAAGACAAAAUGUUAAACAAAUUAGAACGUCACGGUGGUAUUUGUGACAGCCAAGCAUCUAGAGAUACAUUAAUAUACGCGGCAUCAGUUUACACACGAGGUCUCGAUGAUGUAAUGCAAUUAUUAAGCGAGGUAACGUUACGGCCGCGCAUAACUGAAGAAGAAUUGGAAAUGGCUCGCCAAGCGAUCAAUUUCGAAUUGGAAACUUUGAAUAUGCGCCCUGAACAAGAAACGCUUUUAAUGGACAUGAUCCAUAUGGCCGCUUAUAAAGAUAACACCUUGGGAUUGCCGAAAUUAUGUCCUAAUGAAAAUAUUCAUCAAAUUGAUCGUAACGUUCUCUUUACGUAUUUAAGUCAACACUUUACACCUUCGCGAAUGGUCGUUGCUGGGGUUGGUGUUGAUCAUGAGAAUUUGGUUGAGAUUACGCAAAAAUAUUUCGUUAACGAAAAACCAAUUUGGGAGGAGGAUAAAAGCUUGUUUUUAGCCCCAAGAAAUAUAUCGGUUGAUGAAAGUGUAGCUCAAUAUACAGGUGGAAUCUUACAAGAAGAAUGUGAUAUUCCACAAUUUGCUUCUGCUGGUCUUCCGGUUUUAUGUCACAUUAUGAUCGGUUUAGAAGGUUGUUCACAUCAAGAUAAAGAUUUUAUAGCAAUGUGCGUUUUGAAUAUGAUGAUGGGCGGUGGUGGUUCAUUUAGCGCUGGUGGACCCGGAAAAGGAAUGUAUACAAGAUUGUAUACAAACGUUUUGAAUCGAUUUCAUUGGAUGUAUAGCGCGACUGCUUAUAAUCAUGCUUAUACAGAUACCGGAUUAUUUUGUAUACACGCAAGUGCGCCGCCAACUCAUUUAAGAGACAUGGUCGAGGUUAUUGUUAAAGAAUUAAUUGGUAUGAGUGGAAAUGUAUCCGAUCCUGAAUUAAGAAGAGCAAAAACUCAAUUACAAUCGAUGUUAUUAAUGAAUCUUGAAUCCAGGCCUGUUGUUUUUGAAGAUAUUGGACGACAGGUUUUAGCUACUGGAAAUAGGAAAAGACCCCAACACUUUAUUGAUGAAAUAGAAAAAAUUACUAAAGAAGAUAUAAUAGCAGUUGCUAGAAGACUGCUCACUUCGCAACCAUCGGUGGCAGCACGUGGUGAUUUAAGAAAAAUGCCUUCCUUGGAACACAUCCAACAGUACAUACUUGAAUCUGAAGCGAAAUUAUCAAAAGGACGGAAACUAUCGAUUUUUAGAUAACCUAAAGGACGAGUGUAAUAAGUUUUUUUAAGUACACUACCAACGCGCAAGUUGUGAUUGAUUUCUCUUAUCCUAAUCGUAGACUGUGACCCUUAAUCACUAUUUAUGACUUAUUUACUCUUUCUUAUCUUUUGUAUAUACACUUAUACAUUAAAGGUGCAGGCGAUGUCUGAACAAUUAUUUACCGACCGAUCGAUCUUAAACUGGUUGGUUUUUGAUUUACGUCUGCUAUAAAACAGGAUUAAUUGUAAAUAAAUAUUUUUUCGUUUUACAUAUAA